AAAUUGAAUUAUUGAACCCCCAAUCCAUGCCGCAGCCAUGAGCGCUCUCAUUCGCAAGGUUUGGGAAUCCAUGGCCCACCGAUCCGCCUCCAAAUCCAGCCCCAAUUCGGCCUCAGACUACGACCAGCUUAUGCAUAUGCAGUCGUCCUCCACCGGCGACUUCGACCGGAUUCCAAUCGACAUCUUCAUGCAAAUUCUCAGAAUUCUAGGGCCGAAGGAGUCAGCGCGGCUCAGAGCAGUCUGCAAUUCCUGGAAAUUCCUGGUGUCGGAUAAUCGCUUGUGGAUUUAUUUCCUGCAGCAUCAGCCCGAUCCUUGGGACUCUGUUUUCUUCGUGGAGACUCACCUGCGAUCGGGCUAUCCUCUGCAAGUGUUUCCUGCUCAGAUGCAUGACCUAUCAUUUAUGUAUAUUUAUGCUCAGCGCGUUGAGGUUUCCGGAGCUCUUAUAAUUGAUGGGGGUUCUGGUUAUUGUAAAUAUGGAUGGAGCAAGUAUUCUUCUCCAUCGGGGCGAUCAGCAACUUUUUUAGAAUUUGGAAAUAUUGAGUCUCCAAUGCCUUCUAGACUUCGACAUUUUUUUUCAACAAUUUGCAACAGGAUGCAGGUGAAAACAUCAACACAACCAAUUGUUGUAUCAAUACCCCUUUGCCAUUGUGAUGAUACCGAGUCUGCAAAAGGUUCUAGAAGACAUCUCAAGGAUGCCAUUUACUCGACACUGUUUGAUAUGAAUGUUCCUGCUGUAUGUGCCAUCAACCAGGCAACUCUGGCUUUGUUUGCAGCACGAAGAACAUCAGGAAUUCUUGUAAAUGUUGGUUUCCAUCAAACAUCUGUUGUUCCAAUUUUACAUGGCAAGGUGAUGUAUAACGUUGGGGUGGAAGUUGUUGGGAUGGGAGCUUUGAAACUUACAGGAUACCUCCGAGAUCGGAUGCAACAGAAUAACAUACAAUUUGACUCUCUGUAUACUGUCCGCACAUUGAAAGAGAACUUGUGUUAUGUUGCCCUUGACUAUGAAGAUGAACUAUCCAAAGACACUCGAGCAUCGUUUGAUAUUUCACCUUCCAGUUCUUUUACACUUUCAAAUGAGCGCUUUCAAACAGGAGAAAUACUGUUUCGGCCUCGCAUGGCAGGAAUGCAGGCAAUGGGUCUGCAUCAGGCGGUGGCGCUUUGCAUGGAUCACUGCCAUGAUGCCGAAUUAACUGCGGAUGAUAAUUGGUAUAAAACUGUUGUCUUAGCCGGUGUCAGUGCAUGUAUGCCAGGAUUAGCAGCAAGACUAGAGAAAGAACUGUACGAACUUCUGCCAACAUCCUUGUCCAAUGGAGUUCGGGUUUUACCUCCCCCUAAUGGUGGGGAUUCUGCGUGGUUUGGAGCGCAGCUCGUCAGCAAUUUGAGCACAUUUAACACAUCUUGGUGCAUGACUAGAAAGCAAUUCCGGCAACGGUCCAAGCGGAAGGUGUUGUGGUGAACUGCCUUCACAAUUUCUUCAAGGUUACCAAGCUUAUGGAGAGCGUGAAUCCUUUGAGUAAGCAGGGGGCGACUUGCAUGGACGAACCUCACCCCUCCAAGGGCACAACUUCAUAUAUGUGAUUCAUUCUUCAAGGAAGAGAGAGAGGCUUUUCAGGUACAUAGUCGAAGAUGAUCAUUGUAUGCUUUAUGCAAGGAUGAUUAGGUGUUGAAACCAUUGAGCACAUUUUCUUUUGUUCCAAGUUCAGUGGCAUCUUUUGUGUUUUUUUUUUAAUCCACUUGUCUACCCAAGGAACCGAGAAUGUGCUUUCUUUCUUGGAUGGAGGCUCCCUUUCGGCAGUUUGAUAAAAGACAAUGUGGAUGUCCAUGUUCUAUGUUGUCUCGUGGUCUAUUUGGGAUAUAAAACACAAGGUCGUGUUUCGUGAUUUCAAGCCUAAUAGGGAAUUCGAGAAGAAGAGGCUCUUAUGCCAGCUUGGUUUGUGGAUUACGUGGAUGGAUAACCUACAUAACAUUAGAGGAUGAUCGGAACCAAAAAGUGAACGGAAAGGGAAUCUCAUUUUCUCAAAGAAUGUAGCACGUAGUGGAACAACACAGAUAGCUAGACGCCUAGACUACUAUGUCCACACGGGGUUGUUUUUGCAUUUUGGUUAGUAUUUGAAGGACUAAACACAGUUAGUGCCAUCCACAUUUGAUUCUCCAAUCAACACUUGCACUAAUAAAUCAUCAAUUCGGUGAAUUAGGCAAAAA